AUGGCACAGGUCGAUUCCGGCGCUGGUAAUGUUUCUAGUGACGAUCAGAGAACAAGUGUUAUGGAACCUACAGGAGAUGCCACACCGCAGAAUGGUGGAGAGAAGUGUGAAAACGCUGAGCAUCCGACGCCUGGUUCGUUCUUUACCGGUUCCGCUCAUGUUAAGCGUCAACCUCCAGCGAAAGUUUUCUUUGCUCCACAAAAAUACGGAUUCUUCACCAAUAACAAAGUUGAACAGCGAUGGAGAGAUGAUCCCGAGAAAGACAAAAAAACACACGCUGAUGAUAUUAUCGCAAAUGUUACAGAAAAGUUCUUCCCUCAGAAAAGAGCUGCCUCUGAUCAGACUCCACCACUACCAAUAGCUCCUUCAUUCAUACCACCUCUUCCAGGAAUGAUUCCUCCUCCUGGUGUUCCUCCACCACCUUUUAUGAUCGCUCCAAUUUCCGGUACUAAAGAUGCCAAAAGAAUCAAGUUUAACGACGAAGAAAGUGAUGAAAAUGAGCUUUUUGCUAAGUUGCUCUACAAGAAGCUGAGGUCGAUUGCUAGUAAGAAACGUCUGGAGAUUCUCCAUGUUUCUAUAAUGGAAAUGGUUAGACAGGCACAAGAGGAAGAUGAACGAGAGAGAGCUGUUUCUGGAUUGGACUCGUCCAUUUCCAACCUAGUUGCUCCUAUAAUUUGUACUGUUAUGAAAUUCCCCUUACUGAAGAUUGUUUUGAUGGUUGUUUUGCUGUCUCCACAAUGUGAUAGCGAUGUGAAACAUGCACUUACGAACUCCACUUCAUUUGUUGUCGACUAUCCUAAUGAUAGAUUUUUAUUGGAUGGCAAACCAUUUCGUUAUAUUUCUGGGUCCAUUCACUAUUUCAGAGUUCACCCGAAUCACUGGAAAGACAGACUCCUCCGUAUACGUGCGCUUGGACUCAACGCUAUCCAGUAUUAUAUCCCGUGGAAUUUCCAUGAAGUCAUCGAAGGAAAGUACGACUUUUCUGGUUGGCGCAAUUUCAGUGAAUUUUCUCUCAUCGGUUACGAUUUGGGACUGUACACGUUGCUCAGAAUUGGCCCUUACGCGUGCGGUGAAUGGGAAAACGGAGGGUUUCCAUGGUGGUUACUGAAUAAGAAAAAUUGUCAGCCGCGUACAAGCGAGAAAGGCUUUCUGAAUGCCGUUAAGAAGUGGUUUUCUGUGCUUAUACCAGUGAUCAAACCUCUCAUGCGAGAAAAUGGUGGUCCUGUUCUAAUGUUACAGAUUGAGAACGAGUAUGGUAGCUGCUCGUACUGUGACAGAGUCUACACGAAGUGGCUGCGUGAUUUCGUCCGUAGUUAUCUUGGGAACAACAUUGUUAUAUACACAACCGAUGGUGGAUCCAAGUCCUAUCUAAAGUGUGGAGUCGUUCCUGACACGUUACCUACUGUGGACUUCGGUCCUACUUCUGAUGAAAAUGUAAAAGCGGCGUUCGAGGCGCAGAGGAAGUACUUGCCUAACGGACAUGGACCUUUGGUGAACUCUGAAUUCUAUCCAGGAUGGUUUGUGUUGUGGGGUCAAAAAAGUGCCAGGAUUCCCUCAGCAGAAGCCAUUGUAAACUCGGCAAAAUAUAUGUACGGUUUGGGAGCUAGUAUCAACUUCUACAUGAUCCAUGGUGGCACCAACUUCGGCUUCUGGAAUGGAGCAACCGUAAAGGCGCCGGUCAUUACGUCCUAUGAUUACUUUGCUCCCAUUUCGGAAGAUGGUGACAUCAACGAAAAAUAUUUAGCAAUCCGAACAUGGAUAAAAAGUAUUCCAGACUGGACGAAUAAACCAUUUGACGUUCCAGAAAAUAAUCCAAAAACUUCUUACGGGGAUGUUGAAAUGUUCCCACUGCAAAAUUUGUUCAAUUCACCUGAUGAUAUAUGCGAGACCUCCCAGGACCCUAAGUCUUUCGAACAAUUGGGACAGCCGUUUGGGUUUGUGUCCUACAGCAAGCGAAUUGAUGAGUGUGGCAAAACUUUGGGAAUUAAGCAACUCAAGGAUUUUGGAUAUGUAUUAAUAAACACAAAUUACACUGGAACUCUCAUGAAUUCUUAUUAUGACAAGGCUAUCCGAUCUGUAAACCUUGAACACUGCCGCGUUGGGGAUAUACUCUCGAUUCUUGUUGAGAACACCGGGCGAUUGACGUCUGGGACAGCGGAUGAUCGCAAGGGUAUACUUUCGGAAGUUACGUUGGACGAUAAGAUUUUAAAGGGAUGGAAACAAUGUAAGAUACUAUUCCCUAAUGCAGAUGAAGUGAAGUUAAGAGAGCAGAGGCUCCUUGGACGAAUUGGGCUUUAUUUUGGAAGUUUCAAUGCAGAUGUAGCCACUGACACCUUUUUAAAUACGAAAGGUUGGGGGAAAGGCAUUGCCAUCCUCAACGACAAUAACUUAGGACGUUAUUGGGCAAGCGAAGGGCCGCAGUACACUCUCUACAUCCCAGCAGCUUUUGUUCGUGUCGGAAUCAAUUCUCUGAUGCUGCUGGAAUUGGAGGGGACAACCACGUGUGGCCAAGAAUCCUGUCGAGUGUCACUUGUCGAUCAUCCAGUUUUUGUGUUUGAUGAGAUCACAACCCAUGGAGACUUUUUUGAGCGAAACUAA